UGCGGACUUCCUCUCUUCCUCCCUCCCUCUGUAUGUGAGUGAGAGAGAAAGCGUGCACGCGUCCUUCCAAACUAAAGCUAUUUUUCAGCCGUCUGAUUGGAAACACACCAGAGAGAAAAAGGAUACCAGAAGACAGAAAGGGCGUGUAAAGGGAAAACAAGACUCAAAUGUCUAGGGAGAGAAUCAGUGGCCUCCCUCUUGUGUGUUUGUUUUCUUUUUUUUCCGCAAAGCAGCCUUCAAGUUGCAGGAAAAGGAGGAAGUGCUGAGAGACGAAGGUCUGACUGGCACACUUCAACACAGGGGCACUGAAAGAUCAAAGCAGCAGAUAAUGGACGAGAAAACAAUACAAGGGCCAACUCAUGACAUGGACGGAGAGCAGAAGGAAUUGAGAGGCUCUGCCAAACCAGAGUGUGAGCUGAGGCUGGUGUUGCUGGGAUGGACAGGAACGGGAAAAAGCAGCGUGGGUAACGCCAUCCUCGGCAGUCCUGUGUUUGAAACUCGCUGUGGUUCUAACUCUCAGAAGCCAGUCACUAUAAAGUGCGAGAAGGGGUGUGCAAGUGUGGCUGGAAGGCAGGUGGUUGUGGUGGACACUCCAGACUGGUUUUACUCAGAGAGGCCCCCAGAGGAAGUCCAUCGCCAGCUGACUCUCUGCGAAUCACUGGCCACUCCAGGACCCCAUGCCUUCCUGCUCUGCAUCUCUAUCCAUCGCCAACAUGAAAACCUCCAGGCUUUGGAUGCUUUAGAGACAGCGUUCGGUCUCGAAGCCAUCACCAAACACACUAUUGUGCUGUUUACUGAUACAGACCAGCCGUCAGAAGAUAAAACACUAAAGGCGUUUCUUAGCACUGAGCAUAAGGAUUUGCUAGAAUUGGUGUGGAGGUGUGGAGACCGUUAUCAUGUCAUAAGUGUAGACGGAGAAAAGGAGGUGGAGCAAGACCACAAUUGUGUGCAGGAGUUGCUGAAGAAGGUGGAACAGAUGGUAAAGGAGAGUGGGAAGGAAUUCUACACCUGUCCUCCUCUCCUUCAAGUAGACAAGGAAGAAACAAGGAUGGAAGUGAGUCAUGAGGAAAGUUCCUUUAGUGAAAAAAAGAGCGAGUAUAAAGACGAGGCCGACGAAGACUCGAACGUGGAGCCAGACGCAAGAGAAGAGAAAAUGGAGGAGAGUGCGGAUGGUCUGGAUGCGGAGGAGGACAUCGCUUUAUCACCUCAUGCACCCCCUCCCUCGUUCUUGCGCUGGAUUUGGGACACGGUAGUUGGGUGGGUGUUGUGGCUGCCCGGUCUGGUGAGGGGUACCACUUUACUUGGCUCUAUUGUGGGGCUGUUUUUUGGGGGUACCUUAGGGGCAACUGUAGGCUCCGUUGCCAUUGAGGUGGGCAGAAGAAAAAACAAAGUCAAAACAAAAUAACACUUUUAGUAUGCAUCAGAGCACUGCAUGAAAAUAAAAAUGUAUAGAGUUUGCUAUAAAACAAAUUUACUCGGGUGAGCAAAAUAUAAACGUCAAAUAAUUGCCUUUAAGCUGGUUUAAAAUGAGAAAUAUUAAUUUAGGAUUAAGUUUAUUAAAAAGGUUUUAAGAACAGCACAAUAUAAGCACCUUAAACCAAACACUGAAUUGAUACUUUAAAGCCUUUUUGGUUCUCGAUGUUAAAUUACCUCAUUAGUGUGUGUUAAUAAUACAGUUGAAUAAGAAAACAUUUUUUUAUAAUAACAAAAUGUAAUAAUUUAUGUCAUAGUCAUCAGAGAUUGAAGGUAUUUUUACCAAAGGUAGGAAACACUGUGGUGUAUCUCCAUUGAUAGAGAGUCAAAUUACUAAGUGGAAUUGUUUCCAAAUGAAAGUUGUUUACCACAUGGGUUUUACUCUGCUCAUUUAUUUACACAGCUUUGAAGCUGUACAAACAUCGGAGACUUUCAGAGUCUGUUACUUUGCCUUGCCGAAAGUUUUAAGAAUGAUUUAAUUGAUCAUUCAUUUAUCAGUUAUUUGCUUGUACACUGUACCAUUACACAUUAAAGUUACACUAAUGAAUUAAUUUUAGUUUUUAAUUGCUAACAUCAUACACGUUCACAGGACAACGUUUUUUUUUUAAAUCUAAUUAAAGAAAAUCCACGUUUGUAGGGCUCUUAUUUUACAUUUAUAUGGGUUACAUGGUUUUUGUAAAGCUGUUACCAAUUGCAGAUAACAGUAUAUUAUUAGGCACAGCACAAGAGCUACAUUACUCAUCCAACACAUGCUGUUUAGACAGCUUUUUGAUUCACUGAGAAGAAAAAAAAAAAACUGCUUUAUUGCAAACUUGGCAGGAGAUCUUUGCUGUGUAGCCUGUGCAUUUUGUGUGACUGAAAUGUUGAACUAAAAGUAAAUAAUCUGAAUAUGUUG